AUGAGCACGACGAACACCAGCAUGCAGGCGACCUUGGAUGCGCGCAAGCGGCUGGCGCCUGGUAUUGGGAGACACUACUUUGCGUCCAUCGCACGCCACACGCUUGGGCUGACGGGCGAGAGCGGCGAUGCCAUGCUAAGCGAAUUGGGUCGGUUCAUGUUCCUGUACGCGCUCACGAAGGACGGCGGCGUGAGGGAGGAAGAGCCCCACCUCGAGCCGAUGUCGCCCCCGCUUGCACUGGACACGCUGUGGCACAACUGCAUCCUGGAGACGGCGUUGUACAAGCGCGCGUGCCGCCGCCUUGCUGGGCGCAUGGUGCACCACCGCAUCAGCAACACAUACACGCUGACGAGUGAGGAGAAGGAGAAGCGGCGCCACAACUACUUUGUGCAGCACAUCAAGCAUUUCGGCAUGCCAUCCAUGACGGAGCAGGAGCAGCGACGAAGGAAGCCAGCGCGGGGGUUCACAUGCGUGUUCCUGAAGACGCUCACGGGAAAGACUCUGACAAUGCCCGCAACACCCAAGACGACCAUUGAGGAGCUCUCCCACAUGUACGAGGCACGCGGGGGCCCUCCCGCUGACGACCAGCGGUUCAUCUACGCGGGGCAGCAGCUGGAGAGGGGCCGUACACUUUUGGAUUACAGGCAGUUCUCUAUAUUGGCAACUAGGUGUGGCAAGCCCAAAAGUUUCCAAUGUAGAGAAAGUUGCCGGUGUGGAAUGAGCGUGUUUAUUGUGUGUGUGGACCAAAGAAUGAGUGCAGUGUGGGUUGCUUUUGCGUCUUGGACAUAA